UCAGAAGGAAGAGGCGGAAGGAGGGUGGAGAGCACGUGAGGCACCUAGUACAGGAGCUGCUGUGAACAUUUGACUGAGUGUAGGGGACUAAGAUAUGUACCUACUGGGGCUGCUGCUGCUGCCGUUGCUGUUGCCACCCCUAUCUCUCCAACAACAGGACCUCUCAGAGAACAAGGUGGCCAUGGGGAGGAUGAUCCUUCCUGCCCUGGAGAAAGCCACAUCGUUCAUGGAGAAGAGAUUCAGGGAGCUUAACCUGGAUGGAGUGAUGGGAUUCUGGGUACUAGAAGUACAACUAAAAGGUGUCUUGGAGAAAUGGGGCCAGGAGCCUGCCCUGAAGCCCCUGAGCCUGAGGGUAGAGAAGAUAGUGAAGAAAUUGUUACCACUCAUCACCAGAGCCACAAUCUACCUCAAGCUCAGUGACUCUAAGUACUUCAAAGAAUUUCAAGAGACUCUACAGCCAGGGUUUUGGAAUCUCCCUCAUUCAUGGAGUCAAACAAACACCUCCAUCAUCUACUUCAAAAAAGUACCACCAGCUGCCCCACUGAUAAUAUACAAACACUCCUCACAGAAAUUCCUCCCAUUUCUAUAUACUUUUGAAGCUCAAGACCAAUUCUCCGAAAGGCAGAAGGAGGGCUUGCAGCCCUGUACCGUCACUGACAUCUGCAGGGAACUCAUGACUAAGCCUGGCUGCAUGGGCUAUACACUGUCACACCAGCUCCUCUAUUUCCUGAUUGCCAAAAUGAAAGGAUGCUCAGCUGGCCUGUUCCUCCAAUCCAAAUACUACAUGGAAAUUUUCUGUGCUAAUAUGAUGGCAUUGAAUUUGAAAACUGAAGAAGUUGGAUUCCCAUUUCUAGAUCGAGAUCUCUUUAUGGAAAAUAUCAUGUUCUGUGGACUUUCUGGAUACUCAGAUUUCUACAAGCCUAGAUGGCUACAGGCUAUUCUUACCUGGCAGAAACCUAAGGAGGGAUGCUUUGGGAAGCCUUAUGACAAUAGAAAACAAUUACCCAUAGUUGGUGAAGACCAACAGCAAUCAUUGAGAAGAGUUAAGAGGAGAGAGAAAGGAUUUUCAGAUGGGUGUUCUUCCCACAAAACAGCUGUGGCAGUUGCAGCCUUGGGUGGCUUCCUUUAUCACUCUGCAGAACAUUCACCAACCAUCACCAAGCCUCAUUAAUGCCUCACAACAAGCAAGGAGCAGCUCAAAGGGAUGAUUCUAUACCUGCUGAAAAUGAAACAUAGCUUUUUUGGUAAUGCAUCCCCUUAGGUUCUGAGAUUACAUAAAUUCACCAGCAGAGCAGUGGAAAAGUACAGGCAGACAAGCUAGACAAAACCAGUAUAAUUGAAAAUUGGGAUUAGCAGAAGGAUAAAAGUAACACUAUUAACUGUAUUUAGCAAAACUGGUGACCCUGAUUGGCCCCCAGAAAUUACUAAAGUAUUUUAAUUUAACCAACAUUAGGCAUCUCUUAUGUGCAGACAACUGUGUAAGAUGCUCAGGGCAAAACAAUUUCAAUAAAUAGUGCCUGUCUCAUGGAACUUACAAUCAAAGUGGCUCUUCCUAUCUCCUCCUAAUAUAACAUUCCUGGAAAGGUGAAUUCUAGUCAUUGAAUGCCAGGAAAUUUUGAGGCUGGAUAUUCCCAGGCUCCCCGAUUUCUGUUGCCUGCGACUAAGUGUUGCAGCAAAUGGAGGAAUGUGAAAUAAAGAGAUGAGGGCCAGGUGGGUCAGUGAAAGACUGAACCAAUUUAUUAUUCUGAGAGUCUGGAUUAUAUAGUGAGACCUAACAAUCAUCUCAAGGGUGUUCUAGCUAUUCUUAAGUGACUAACCCCAGCCUUUAUGUACAUCCUUAAUUUUUCACACCUGCUUGCCAACAAGGUUAAAGGGGCAGAGUAUUCUAAGACCUUCUGGGCAGGGGGAAAUUGGGGAGCUAAAUAUUCUGAAUAGAUAAGCCCUUAAGAGUAGGAUAAGGAAAGAGUCAAGCUCUAACCUAAAUUCCUUACCCCAUAUUAGACUCUCCAGCUCUGGCCCUCAACAAAUUUCUAUCUAUUCUGUUUAGGAGCAAAGACAGAUAUGGCAAGUAGAUAGAUGACUUUCUAGGAAUAAAACACCACAUUGCCCAGAAUUUGAAGCAAUAUACUUUCACAGCCUAUGCCUACUGGGGAAGCCCACUGAAAUGUUUCCUUCCCACAGUCCCUUUGAUUCCUUAAUUAAUGGCACCUAUAAAUGUAAAUGCUUUAAGAGUAGAAAAUGUUUCAGUUCUAGUCUUUGUUCUCCAUAAUCUAUUGUCUGGAAUAUAAUAGUAGCUUAACAAAU